AUGAAGCCUGAGAAGCGGCACGUGUUGCUGUUGUGGAUGUUAUUCUGCUCCGGUUUGACGGAGGCCAUCGAGCCGAUCAGCACCAGCAUCGCGGUUGGCAUGGCAGCGGCGCUCACCGGCUUUUUAGCCACUUAUCAGAACAUCUUCGACUAUUUCCACGAGUGUUGUCGACCCGAGUGGAUUUCUUUCAAUGCAACAGGUCUCAAGGUUGAUUUGGAGCGCAAACUGUUUGGCCAGCACAUCGCAUCACGCAUAAUCCUGAAAGCUGUGAAUGGCUUUAUGAGUAAUAGCAACCCGAAGAAGCCCCUGGUGCUCUCUCUGCACGGAUGGACGGGCACAGGGAAAAACUUUGUGAGUAAGCUGAUUGCUGAAAACAUUUUCAGGGAGGGCAUGAACAGCAGCUUCGUCCACGUUUUCACAUCAGAACUUCACUUCCCGCAUAAAGGUGAAAUCGAAACCUACAAGUCUCAGCUACAGCAGUGGGUCAAAGGGAAUGUCACCAACUGUGCACAUUCAAUGUUUAUCUUUGAUGAGAUGGACAAAAUGCACCCGGGCUUGAUUGACAGCAUAAAGCCGUACCUGGAUUAUUAUGACAAGCUGGAUGGAGUUUCUUACCGAAAAGCAAUGUUCAUCUUCCUCAGCAAUGCCGGAGGGGACGGCAUCAUAAAGACGGCUUUAGAGUUCUGGAAAUUGGGACACAAUCGAGAAGAAAUCGGACUCAAAGACCUGGAAGACUCGUUGUCUGUGUCGGUGUUCAAUGACAAGAACAGUGGCUUAUGGCACACUAGCUUGAUUGACAAGCACCUGGUGGACUACUUUGUCCCAUUCCUACCCCUGGAGCACAAACACAUCAUCCAGUGUGUCUUGGCUGAGAUGAAGGAGAAACGUUUGCAGCCGAAUCUGGACAUAGCACACCAAGUGGCCACAGAUUUAGUCUACUUCCCCAAAUUGGACAGAGUUUACGCCGUCAAAGGCUGUAAGACAAUAGCGAGCAAGUUGGACUACUACCUGUGAGAAGGCGGUGUGUUGGAUUGCACUGUGUGGGCACUUACUACAGAUAGAGACAGAGGAAGGGCACCUGACUGAACUCUGAGACGUUUUUCUGCGUGGCGUCCAUCACUGGAACACAGCCUCGUCCUUUUGGGGGAACUACAGCACAUCACUGUUGUAGUAGCUUCAUGUUUUAUAAAAUCUGAUAUUGACAAGACGGGUGGGUAAAUCUGCCUUAAUGCUAUUCCCAGAAUUUUUAGCUCUGCAGCAUUACUUAGUGUUUACUUUUUAACUUUUUUUUUUUGUUGGAAGUGCACAAUACACAAUAUGUGCACAUUAGAGCAACACAGCUGUCGCAUUUAAAUACAGAAAGAUAAAGAAAAAACAUGUAUGCACAUUGCAUCUACCCCCCUGCCACUGAAAUGCCACAUACUUUGUCGUAAAAAUGGCUUUGAAUUACUGAAUUUGGCUAAAAUACUAAAGCUGCAUUCACAUCUUUGUGGUGUGUGGUGACUGUACCUGCUGUCAGUUCAAAAUGUCACUUUUUGUCUGCAGGAAAAUGGAAAAAAAAAACAAAAAUGACACCUAAUCUUUAAAUCAGGCAAACAGUUAUAAGGACAUGUUGGAGAGAAAUUCAGCUUUAAAAUAUCAAAUUU